AUGCUGUUCAGCUCCGAGUCGGGAGCAGUAGGGGCGUAUGUGGGAGCAGAUGACGUCAUAGCCCGCCUGCCUAGCUCCAUUGACGUAAAGAUCGUCCCAGACUCGGGCAUGUUCAUGGACCUCCCGGACAAGGACGGGGUGUACUCGUUCAACACCUCCCAAACAAUGGCCAUAGAAUUGCAUAACGCGACUUCGUCUGCCAAUAACGCAUGUCGGGAAGCUCGUCCCCAGGAUGAAGUGUGGCAGUGCGCCUAUCCAGAAAACCUCGUUCCCUACGAGCCCGUACCGCUCUUCAUGCUGAACUACCUGUACGACGUGUACGCGCUGAAGUUCAUCCUCGGAACAACCUGCUAUCCCGACCAGUGUCAGGGGAAAGACUUGGCCGCUGUGCAGAACUAUAGGACGUCUCUGUUAAAGGUCGCUCAUACGGAGCUCCGUGAACAAGAUGGCGCCUUCCUCAUCACGUGCUUUUCCCACGGUCUCGCCGGUAUUGACGUAGUCUGGACAGAGUUCACGGUCAACAACAGGACGGUCCGACAGGCUGUGGGUGACUGGUACUUCGGCAGGACUGCCGACAACGUCCAUGUCGACACGGACCCAGAGAUGAACCCUGUGUGCAGAAAAAAAUGAGUGAUGACACGGAGAAUUAGAAUCGUUGAUUCCUUGUAUUUCAACCUCCUUGCUUGUAUACAAUUGAUCUGUGACUACGCUCUAAGCUAUGCACAUACUAAACAAUAACUCUUUUUUAAAGCUUUUGUUCUCGGUUUUCAGCCAUGUGUCUUGCCACCGUUGACAAUUGGUGAUCCCUGACACUCCUCCCAACUCUAUGAAAAGCGGCCCUGAUGGCAAUAUCGAGUUUAGGUAAAGGCACAAACAAACAAUUGAAAAUAGAGUACAUGUAUUAGAUAACUAGUAUUUCGGAUCAGAGCAUCUAAUCAAUAUCUAUGAUUUUUUUACUUGAAGAAGCAAUAACGUGAGGUAGAAAUGUGCAAUAAACUUUGGAUUAGCGGUCCAGUCCAAUCUGGCAACGCACCGUCCAAAACUGCCAUCUAGCGGUUCACACGAAAACGUCACCAUGCAUACUCAUGCAGUGAUGAGUGAUAUCAAUACUGUGUUACUAAUUUGUAACUGUGAUAUCGUUUGAACAUUUGCAGUCAAAUAACAUCAGAUUGUGU